AUGGCCCCCGCCCGCCGCCCCGCCGGGGCCCGCCUGCUGCUCGUCUGUGCCGGCCUGCUGGCCGCCGCCGCGGGCCUCGGCUCCCCGGAGCCCGGCGAGCCCGCGGACAGCCGCGCCCGCCAGGAGCCGGGCCCCGGGAACGAGCUGCCCGCGGGCCCCGGGGAGAGCCGCGCCGGGCCGCCCGAGCCCACCACCAAGGGAGCACGUAACUUCGACCCCAGGGAUGCCUGGAUGCUCUUCAUCAGGCAGAGUGACAAAGGUGUCAACGGCAAGAGGGGAGGCAGAGGCAAGGCCAGGAAGCUGAAGCUUGGCCUGCCGGGGCCCCCAGGGCCCCCCGGCCCCCAGGGCCCCCCUGGCCCCAUCGUCCCUCCUGAGGUACUGCUGAAGGAGUUCCAGCUGCUGCUGAAAGGCGCGGUGCGGCAGCGCGAGCGCACGGAGCCCGAGCCCUGCACGCGCGGCCCCGCCGACGGCACGGCCGCCAUCCGGGAAAACGAGGAGGCGGCGGCGGGGGACACGGGCGUGCUGGCGCUUUUGGCGGCGCCCCUGGCCCCGGGCCCGCGGGCGCCGCGCGUCGAGGCUGCCUUCCACGGCCGCCUGCGCCGGGACGCGUCGGUGGAGCGGCGCGCCCUGCACGAGCUGGGCGGCUACUACCUGCCCGACGCCGAGGGCGCCUUCCGCCGCGGCCCCGGCCUGAACCUGACCAGCGGCCAGUACACGGCUCCCGUCGCCGGCUUCUACGCGCUCGCCGCCACGCUGCACGCGGCGAUCGACGAGCAGCCCAGGCGGGGGCCGCCGCGCCCCCGGGACCACCUGCGCCUGCUCAUCUGCAUCCAGUCCCGGUGCCAGCGGAACGCCUCCCUGGAGGCUGUCAUGGGCCUGGAGGGCAGCAGUGAGCUCUUCACCAUCUCGGUCAAUGGUGUUCUGUACCUGCAGACGGGGCAGUACACCUCUGUCUUCCUGGACAACGCCAGUGGCUCUGCCCUCACGGUGCACAGUGGCUCCCACUUCAGCGCUGUCCUCCUUGGCGUGUGA